CGCCAUUCGUCCAUUUUUUGCACUUUCUAUUUCUCGUCUUCCACCGCGGCGCUAGUCUUAUUUUUCUCAGGGAGCUCUACCAAACCCCGGAAUAGUCAUUGGCAGGGUGGGCUACUCCAGCCGGACUGUUCUUUCCCUUGGAAUGUGUCCCCAUCGGAAGUACUCCGUAGGUGACGGAUCCCAUCCGCAUUUCCCCCAACCUUCUCCGCAAUAUAAAUCACACCCCAACAUCGUUUCUCUUGACAUUUAACUCUCCAAUUCCCCUUCAACUCUUAAAAAGAGACCCAAGAUACAACCGGGAGCUGCUUGCAAGACAAGCCACACCACACAUAAUGGCUGAAACCACCCAACAAUCCCAGCAACAAAUGCAUAAUAUCAAACCAUCAGACCUCCAAUCCUUCGUCACCAAAAUCCUCAUCGCAAACAACACACCCCCCGAAAAUGCCGCCAUAGUCGCAAAAUGCCUGGUCGCAGCCGAUCUUCGCGGUGUAGACACUCACGGCUCCAACCGAAUCCCCUCCUACAUGGAGCGCAUUCGCCAAAAAGCCCUCGACCCAACAGCCACUCCGACACUGCGGCAGGUCACCCCCAUAGCCGCACAAAUCGACGCCCAUAACGGGUUCGGUUUCGUCGCCGCGCACGCGGGUAUGGCGCGCGCUAUUGAAAUGGCCCAAACUUACGGUAUGGGCAUGGUAUCCGUCAAGCACUCAAAUCAUUUUGGUAUGUCGGCCUGGCUUGUCAAGCAGGCGCUCGAGGCGGGCAUGAUGAGUUUGGUAUUUACCAAUUCUUCGCCUGCGUUGCCGGUCUGGGGUGGGAAGGAGAAGCUGAUGGGUGUUUCGCCUAUUGCGUGUGGCGCCCCCGGUGGGGAUCCUACGAAGCCGUUUAUUCUUGAUAUGGCGCCGUCGAUAGCGGCUCGGGGGAAGAUUUAUAAGGCUCUUCGCCGCGGGGAGAAGAUCCCCACUGAUUGGGCCCUUGAUAAGGAUGGGAAUCGGACGGAUGAUCCUGCGAAGGCGCUUGAGGGGGUUAUGCUGCCUAUGGGUGGACCCAAAGGGUCGGCGCUGUCGAUUAUGAUGGAUGUCUUCUCUGGUGUGUUCUCUGGGGCUGCAUUUGCGGGCCAUGUUACGAAUCCGUAUGAUCCGUCGAAGCCGGCUGAUGUAGGCCAUUUCUUGGUCGCUAUCAAGCCGGAUUUGUUCAUGACCAUGGAGGAGUUUGAAGAGCGGAUGGCGUAUCUCUAUAAGAGAGUGAUUGAGUCAGAGAAGAUGGCGGGCGUGGAUCGAAUUUACUUCCCCGGGGAGAUAGAAAUUCUUACCGAGGAAAAACGCCUCGUCGAAGGAAUCCCCUUUGCUGAAGCAGAGGUAGCAAGUUUGAACAAAGAAGCUGAUCGAGUUGGUGUUGAGCGUUUGAAGGUGAUGUUUUAAGGGCAACUCUAAGGAAUAUGGGCAUGGAGAGUCCGCAAAAGAGCAUUCGAAUAUGAGGAGUUUGUAUUUUAUGUUAUCGCUCUUGGGCCUGAUUAAAUAUUAUUAGGAUUCCAAGAUUCUCUCUUGAUAUCACCGUCGACGUAAAAGGAAUGUGUCAUGCCAUUA